AUGGCUUCAUUAUCCUCCGCUUCGGCUUCCUUGAAACCGCCCUCUGCAACAGCACCUCGCCAACGCGUUGUAUCUCCCUCGGGUGCUGCCUCCGGACCGCCGCCACCGCCUCGAGCUCCUGUCUCCGUCCAUCCCACCACGACAGUCUCCGAAACUGCUACUUUUCACGGGAAAUACCCGGUCAUCAUUGGCUCAGGCACGGUGAUACACCCUCGUGCUCGCUUCUACUCAUUUGAGGGCCCGAUACAAAUUGGCGAUGGGUGUGUGAUCGGCGAGAAGUGUAUUAUCGGAGACAACGAACCGACGGCGCGUGGACCAGCUUCCUCAGAGGACCAAGGCAUAACGACACGUCUGUCUUCGUCAGUUACCAUCGGCCCGCAAACGACGAUUCGCACAGGAGCAUAUAUCCGCUCUGCGGCUGCUGUAGACGCAUUGGCGGUGGUGAAUCGACAUGCGACUGUGGGCUCCCACAGCAAGGUAUGCUCGAGUUGCGAGAUACCGGAGAAAACCGUACUUGAGGAUUGGACUGUUUUCUGGGCCACGGGGCAGGGCAUCGGGCAUAGGAAACGGCGUCGACUCGUUGGACCCGCUGCUAUUGUGACGGAAUCUGGGCAACAACAGCGCCCAAAUGCUAAGCGAGUCGAAGACGCGAGGCUCAUCCUUUUGCACAAGGAACGUGAAGGCCUCGCGAAGAUGAUCAGUUUAUCGGUUAGCGCAGGAAAGCGGAGAUGA